UAAUCCUAAAGAUGCAAAAUCUCAACGUUUCUUGAGAUCUAAGUUCAAUUCUUCUUCUUUUAGGGACGUUGAUGAUGCCUUAGCUUUCUUUAAUCAUAUCAUUCUUUUGCGUCCUCUGCCUUCUAUUGUUCAAUUUUGUCGAUUUUUAUCUGCUCUUGUGGGAAUGAAACAAUAUCACACGGUUAUUUCUUUGUCCAGAACAAUUGAGUCUCUAGGAAUCUCACACGAUAUUUACUCUCUUUCUAUAUUGAUUGACUGUUUCUGCCGCUUACACCUUGUGAAUUUUGGCUUCUCAAUUCUGGGGAAAAUUAUCAAAUUUGGAAUGGAGCCCAAUACUGUGACAUUUACUACCUUUAUUAAAGGGCUCUGUAUAGAUGGUAAAAUCAAUGGAGCAGUAGAUUUUUUCAAUGAUAUGGUUGCUGGAGGUUAUCAACCUGAUGUUCAUACCUACAAUGUGAUAGUAAAUGCUCUUUGUAAAUGUGGGAAAACAAAUGUGGCUAUUGAGUUGCUAAAGGGAAUGGUUGAGAGAGGUUGUGAGCCAGAUGUUGUGACAUACAAUGCAAUUGUGGACGCUCUUUGCAAGGAUAAGCUAGUUAUUGAGGCUUUAGACCUCUUCUCUCAAAUGAGGAAUAAAUGUAUUUCACCUAAUGUUGUCACUUACACCUGCUUAAUUCAAGGUCUUUGCAAUUUAGGCAAAUGGAAUCAAGCUUUGGCCUUGUUGAAAGAAAUGGCGGGGCAAAACAUAUCACCAAACAUUAUUACCUUGCUGGGCGACCUGAAAAUGCACUUGAGGUUUUCAAGAGCAUGUGUUCUCAUGGUCGUGACGGAUAAAGUGACUUUUUCAAUCAUUCUUGAUGGCUUGUGCAAACAAGGGUAUCUUGAUGAGGCACUCACACUAUUUAAAGCGAUGGAAAAAAGUCGGUUGAAGGUUAAUUGUGUGAGCUAUAGCAUUUUGAUUAAUGGUUUACAACCUGAUGUUUAUACAUAUAGUAUAAUAAUAAAAGGACUUUGCAAUGAAGGUUUACUAGAUGAAGCAUACAAAGUCUUUAGAGGAAUGGAAGAGUGUGGAUGUUUACCAGAUGGUUGCUGUUAUAAUGUGAUUAUUCAAGGGUUUCUCAGGCAUAAAGAUAUACCAGAGGCAACACUACUUAUUGAUGAAAUGGUUGAUAAAGGAUUCUCUGCAGAUGCCACCACCUUUGAAUUGGUAACACAUUUAUUGCGCAAUGACAAUCUCAUUCUGACAAAACUACGAAAUCGUUCCAAAUGUUCUAAAGGUGCAAAUUUUAAGUGAUAUUUUAACAAUCAAGACUUGCUCAACAGAUGGACGAGGUAUUUGUCAUGUUAUGAGUUAUUGGUCCUUUUUUAUUUAGAAAGUAUAAUUAUAUUUGGAAUUCCCUAGCAAGUUGUUCUAUGCUUAAUUCUCUGUGCAUUCACCAAUUUGUCGCCCUUCUUCUAUAUAGGAAAUCAGUGCAAUCAGUGCAUGUGGUGGUUUUUAUCUUGCCAGCAUUGUGUGAUUCCAUAAUCAUAAUUCAUAAUAUGCCUAUUCCCUAAUUUGCAACUUUCUGCAUUAUUUUCGGCAUGAUGAUGCAACUGCAAAAAGUAGAAUAUAGUUUGACAGAAAGAAGGAUAGCUAAAACAUCAAAAGAAUGUUAUGUGUCCAUAGUUAGAUUUAAAGGGUGAAAAAAAAAAAAGUAGUAAGCUUAAGACUGUUAGAUGGUUGAAGUAGAGCACAAAAAUUUCCCUCAUUGGAUUUUGCUUACUGUUGCAAGAAAGUGAACCUUCCAGAAAAUGUCAGAAUAGAUUAUGCAUAGAAUUUGGGUAGCAGAUACUUGCAUUAUAGGUGUUUGUGAUAUAUGUCGAAAUGGUUGCUACAUAAUGUAAUGACAUUUUUUGAUGUAAUAGUAGCUUAAUUUGUUUUUCUAUUUUAUGUGUUUAGCCAUUUGUGUCCUGCAUAUUGACAUUUUUUUUUAUGAGUAGGUUGGAAAUGCCAAGCUUUGUAUUGUUAUUGUGCUGAAUUUGCUCACAUGUUAUUUUUCUUGGCAGGGCCUGUGAACAUAUUGUUCUUCUUCAUUAUAGAGACAUCAUGAGCUUGGUAAAAGAGUUUCCUAUUCUGUUCUGUGGCCUCCUAGCACUUGUGCAGGAUCUAGCUGUUCUGCUCCAGGUACAAGUCCUUGUUCUACCAUUCAAGAACAAGGAACUGCCUUUGAUUUUACAUCUGAUGAUGGUAUAAAUUUUUGAAAAGUCUGGGCCACUUGGGGUGGAAGAGGGUUUAAGGGGCUAAUGGUCAGCAAGAGAAGCGUAGUUUUCUUGGCGUCUGAAUUUGAGAGCUGAAUAUGUUUAGGCAUCCUGAAAUAGGAAGCACUGAUGGAAAAUCUGAAAGCUCUUCUCGUUGAUGGCUCUCUUCUCGGACUGGCCGUUCCUGGCAUGGAAGCUAAUGAAUGCACGAAAUGACCUGAUCUUUAAUGAUAAACAAUGGAAAACACUAGAAGUAUGAAUUAAUCAGUACUCUGAAGCCGAGAAUUGCUUCACCAAUCCAUGAUUAAUGCAGUAAUCUCUAGUAUUAAGAUAAUUCCAAUCUGGACUCACUAGCUGUUGGUUUCAUUAUGAUAAGCUUUGAAAUUCUUACCGUUAGAAGAAGUUGCUAAUAUGCUUAUGAGUCUGUCAUCAAAGAUCUGUUGUUUUUGUCAAUAGAGAAGGAAAUUGGCCAGUUCACAUUUCAAAUUCUAAAUGUUUUGUAGUUUCUUUUAAAUUUUCUCAAGUUGUGAUCAAUAUUCAAGAGAUGAUAUAUAGUAUUGAUGGCAUAUGAAGAUUUCCCUUC